ACAGAGAGGGAGGGAGAGAGAGGCGCAGAGGAGAGAGAACUCGAAAGAAAGAGAGGAGAGAGAGCCGCACACCAGUAAUCUCCCUGCCAAUCGAAGGCCUGAAGUGUUAUAGGCUGCACAUGCACUGUGCUGUGCUGGCCAAGGAUACAGUUCAGUUCUAUUCUUUCUCCAGUACGGUCAAGAUCGAGUAUACUACUUCAGCUAGCUGUAGUAUAGUGUAGCCACCGACGGCCGACCGGAGAUGCAGCCGGCCCGCCCAGCCGCGCUGCUCGCCGCCUUCAUCAUGGUGCUGGCCUCCGCCGUGAGCUGCCGCGCCCAGCUCGCCAACAGCUACUACGCCGGCAAGUGCGGCAACGCCAGCGUGGAGACCAUCAUCCAAGACGCCGUCAAGGCCCGCCUCGCCUGGGACAAGAGGAUGGUCGCCGGCCUCCUCCACCUGCUCUUCCACGACUGCUUCGUCGCCGGGUGCGACGCGUCGAUCCUGCUGGACGGGCCCAACACGGAGAAGACGGCGCUGCAGAACAACGGCCUCUUCGGCUACGACUUGAUUGACGACAUCAAGACGACGCUCGAGAAUGCGUGCCCCGGCGUUGUCUCCUGCGCCGACAUCAUCGUCGCCGCAACAAGGGAUGCCGUUGGCAUGUGCGGAGGGCCGAUCUACCAAGUGCAACUGGGAAGAAGGGACGGCAUGGUGUCACAAGCGUCCAUGGCGAGCAUUCUGCCAGGCCCCAACGUCGACAUCCCCACCGCCAUUGAUCUAUUCUCCAAGAAGGGCCUCAACAGCUUCGACAUGGCCAUCCUGAUGGGCGCGCACACGGUUGGGGUGACACACUGCUCGGUGAUCCACAACCGGCUGUACAACUUCAACGGAACGGGGUUGCCGGACCCGGCCAUGGACCCGCUGUACGUUUGGAUCCUGUCGACGUUCGCCUGCCCCCAGGGCCAGGCCUUCGACAACAUCGUCUACCUCGACGACCCCUCCAGCAUCCUCCUCGUCGACAAGAGCUACUACGCGCAGAUCAUGAAGCGCCACGGCGUGCUCUCCGUGGACCAGGCGCUGGGCGACCACAGCUCCACCGCGUGGAUGGUCAACUUCCUGGCCACCACCGACUUCUUCCCCUCCAUGUUCAGCUACGCGCUGAACAAGCUGUCCGCGCUCGACGUCCUGACCGGCAACGCUGGCGAGAUCAGGAGAAACUGCCGGAGGACCAACUGAUCGAUCUGGCAGAUGAUCGGUAUACACAAAACUAGGUUAAUUACCAGCAGUAGUGGCUGGCUGGAUAGACCGGCAGCUGCUGCAAGAAACAGAGAAAAGAAAGAGGAGAAGAGCAUACAUGAUGGCUACCUACAAAACGAUUGAUGAGGCAUUGUCAGUGAUAGCAUAUGGUCUUAUACCAUAGUUAAUUGAGUAAAGAUUCAAUUUACUGGAGUAGUACAAGGAUCAGUUUUUUCUUCGUGUGUGUACUUUGAUUCUUUUGUACGUGGCUCGUAUAAAAAUAAACGUUCCAUGCAUAAUGUAAUAGUACACUAGCUAG